CGUGCAGGCGGAAGAAUGCAUGCACUCCGCGAACGCUGCUCUCAGACGAACGCACUUCGGCGAAGCAGCUAUGCGCGUGUUCACGACGGUUCUCGCGACGUUAUCCCUGUUGAUCGGGAAGGCGAUCUCCAGCGGCGGUGAUGGCGCCACUGAAGCUCACGAGCUUUGCAAGCAGUACGGAGAAAAGGCGUGCGGAAAAGUACCCUGCGAAGUUCCGCCCGGGUCCAACGACACGUUUUUGUGCAGCUGUGAAUCUGGUGAACAGUACUUCGACGCCAUGAAGAAGGAAUGUCAGUACAAGAAUUCUUGCGAAAUAAAGGUGUGCGCAGUAGGAAAGUGUGAGUCCCAAGGAGAUGGACAGACUCGGUGCACAUGUGAAGAAAUGGACAAGCUUACUAAAGAUUGCAAGGUUGCACCUGGCUUUGUAUCUGGAUGCAAAAAUGGUAAAGUAGAGAUCAUCAGAGGGGCUCCCGAGUGUGUCUGCAAUAGCGACGCUGUAAAACAUGGCUCGCAAUGUAUAGUGACAACUUGCCUGAAGCCCUCGAACACAUGCUCUGAACUUUGCGAAGCAGGACUACUGAAGAAUGACAAUCGCUGCUGCCAAGGGUGGAUCGAAAACAACUGCACAGAGCCAACUGGGCAAUAUUAUUGUUCACCUGGAAAAAUCAUGACAAAGGAGGGAAAGUGUCAAGACGCUUGCUCUACAAGUGACGCCGACAGCCUAUGUCUUCAUGGGUGCAGAAGUACUCCUAAUGACACGAGACCGUUUGAAUGUCAAUGCCAGGGAGGCUAUGGAGUGGCAGAAGACGGAGUCACCUGCAAAAAACUAGAGUGCACGGAUGAGCAAAAGAAAACGUGCCGAGCAGACCAGGAGUGCCAUAUCCUCUCCAACAAUACCGUACAUUGCUCUUGCAGAGAAAAUGAACAUGAACUUGACGGAUUGUGCACAGAUAGAUGCAGGGAUAAGAAAUGCCUCCUGAGGAACGCAUACUGUGGGAUCUACCUCGGAAAAGAGCAGUGCAACUGUCCGUGGCCGUACCGAAAUGCAGGAUGCGAACUAGAGGGAUAUUACUACAUUGUUUCCUUCAAAACUAACGGGUCUCUGGAUGCGAAAGAAUGUCAUGGCACUGUUCAGAAAGCGAUGAAAACGGCAUUCGGUCGUGACUUGGUCCAAGUGGACAUCCUGAAUUGCAGCGAAGAUAUCACCAUCCGGCUGGUAUUCAGAACACUGCCGCCGACCGCGCUGCUGAAUCGUCUUCGGGCGUGCCAAUACCCAGAAGGAGAAUUGUGCAUGUUUUACCCACGUCUAGCCAUCGUGAAAAACUCCGUGAGCGAUGUCAAAAUUGAGGACCUAUGUGCUGGAGUGCUGAAGAGAGUGGAGAUGGAGUACAGCGGAACGAACAAAUGUAUCCAAGACGGGCACAUGGUUUCGUUCAAGUGCGCGGAAGGAUACGAGGAGAAAGAAGUUGUUCCGACGGGACGCUUGAGCCGCUCCGUGUGUGAAAAACCAGAGUGCACGGAUGAGCAAAGGAAAACGUGUCGAGCAGAUCAGAAAUGCCAUAUUCUCGUCAACAAUACCGUAGAUUGCUCUUGCGGAGAAAAUGAACAGGAAAUUGACGGAUUGUGCACAGGGCCAUGUGGACAGGCCGAUGCUGAGAUGUGUUCGUCGAUCUUGGGCAAAUGUGUAGACGAGGUCGGCCGGGCCAGAUGCUCCUGCCCCGAGUCGUUCGAGUGGAAUGCAAAUGAGAAGGCUUGUUUUCUGGAGCACGCGUAUUGGUACAGCGUGUCUUUCAAGAUAGCGAAUGCUUCGAGAACGGCACAGUACAGCGUAGACGACUGCACCGACAAGAAGAAUAACGUAGAAGAAGCUAUGCGAAAUCUUUAUCCCGAGACGCUCCGAACUGUCAAGCUACUCAAGUGUUCGGACGAAUACAAAGUGGAGCUGAAGUUCAACACGUCACAAGACCAGGCUUCCCUCGAAAAACUGCAGACAUGUGACGACACCAAAGGAAAAGAUAUUUGCUUUUUUCCGCCGGAUUUGUACGUAGUCAACGGAAGUGUAUCAGCGGUAACAGAGGAGAACCUGUGCGACACCUACUUGAAGGAUGUAGCGCCGAAGUUUGGGAAGCAGUACGAAUGUGUUAAGAACGAGAGUUCGUACGCGCUGAAGUGCACAAAAGCGUACAGAACAAUGGCGUCAUACGGGCAGGGAGCUCUCAAGGUCGACCUUUGUGCAGAGCGAAAAUGCGAAGAGUACUGCACGGAGCCAGAACGACAGUGUUUGGAAGGCAAGUGCGUCUGCCACAUAAAUUACGUGGAAUCCACCGAAGGCGUCUGCGUUCCAAUAUGUGACAAGAAUCCUUGCAAGAAUCGCGGCGUCUGUGAAAGAAGUGAGAAGGCCUCCUACUACUGUCGGUGUCAGCCGAGCUACACAGGGCCAAGUUGUGAAGCUAAUUUCGAAAAGUACAGCGCUGCACAGAGAAAUAUUACUAUUGUCGGCGUUAUUCUUGGAGUGUUCAUUAUAAUUUGCCUCGGCAUUUCCGGCGCAGUAAUUAGAAGGUUGAAAAAUAAGACUGUGAUCAGUGCAGAUCUUUAGCUUCAAGUUCAUAUGAAAACCAGCUGAGGCAAAGAACAUUGUCACGUGAAGAAAAUUUCUCCAGCUCAGCUGCGGCACUGUUAUAGGUGAAGUUUGGACUGAUUCUGAAUGCUGCAGAGUUGCGCAACCUUCUGAAGCUUACCCUCUCGUUGAAGGAACACUUGGUCCACUGCUAUUGGCGAUAGACGUCAUGAUUUUACUUGAAUAGCAUCAAAAAGGAUAAGCGCAUAAUUAAACAUCGCGUAUGUUAGCAGUUUA